UUUUCUUUUUUCUUUUUUUUUUUUAGAGGAGAUUCAGAUAAAUAAAUAGGAGCAGCAGGCAAGUGGAGGGCACACUAGCAGAUUCCUCAAGAGUUCAUAGGAGUGCGAGCAUCUACGGCACCAUUAACAGGCUCUGUGAUGGCUGCCAACAGAAACUUUCCCUUGACAAUCAUCUUCCUGGCUCUCAUUAAAAGUUCCAUUACCCAGCCGGGGUCCAAUCCCGCAGGACCCCUCAUACCCGCCAAGGACGAGGAGCUCCCCCCGGAUGACUAUUACGACAUCGAGGACGAACCGAGCACUGUUCCGCCAAAGAUCGUUUCUCCGAGAGGAGGAAUAGCCGUGCAGAGAUGUGACUACAACCCCUGCACGGAGAACCAACCACCGUGCUCCGAGCUCUCAGCCGCCAAUCACUGCUUGUGUCCGGGGUUUACGUCUCACCUGGUGGCGCCGGAGGCUCCUUACCUGAAAUCCGUAGCUUGGAACGGGUCUGACGUGGUCGUGCGCUGGUGUGCCCCUUUGUCCUACGUGACGGCCUACAGCGUGACGGUCGGCGGGAAAGAGAGGCAGAGGUUCGGGAGGGAGCGGCGAAGGGGCGGCGUGGGUCCCGUCGAGAACUUCUCCGAGGUGUGCGUGGUGGCGCUGAACAACGCCGGAGAUAGCGAAGCCUCGUGUGUGAUGUACCAGCCUAAGGACCACAGUCUGCCUCUCAAAGCAGGACUGAUAGGGGGCGCUCUCGGCCUCCUCAUGCUCCUCCUUGUGGUCGUUCUGCUUUGGAGGCGACGGCGGCAAAGGAAGCUGCGGAGAAACAUCACUGCGAGUCACACAGCUGGGACAUAAAUGACAAAACAAACCCUCUUUGGACAUUCUGCAAUAUUUAUAUUAUUACGGAUAGAAAAAUUAUAUCAAAAAAGGCCAGGCUUUAUUUGUUAUUGUUUUUCAUUUAAUUUAUUUAUUUGAAACUUAAAAAUACAGUAUUGUCAUCUGAUAAAACAAUAUGGUCAUAAUCAAUGUAAUAUAUGGUAAUAUUGAAAAAAAAAAAAAAAGACCUAAUAAUUCAAUAUGUAAAAAUACAAAAAAAAAUGUAACGUUACAUUGUUAAACAUAAAAAAAAGAAUGUAUAACUAUGUAGUAUGAUUAUGUAUAUAUUUUAUUGCAGAUUUAUCUACGUUUGAUAUUACACAUUAUGUUGGAGGAUAAGCAGAACAUGGGUGGGCGUAAAUAUAAAUACAAUGCAAACAUCCAUCCAUCCAUCCAUUUUCUACCGCUUAUCCCUUUUGGGGUCGCGGGGGGUGCUGGAGCCUAUCUCAGCUACAAUCGGGCGGAAGGCGGGGUACACCCUGGACAAGUCGCCACCUCAUCGCAGGGCCACAUAUUUUCAUAAAUACAAACACUAAUAAUGGCAAACUAUUAUUUAAAGUCACUGUUUGACAGUAACGGGUCAAACAAUACUGAAGCUUUGAAGCAUCACAAAACAAAGAAGUGAUGUGUGUGUACCUUUAGGAAAAAAAACAUUUGACCGAUAAGGCUGCUGUGUCGUUUGACUACAAAGCAGAAAACUGGCGCGUCUUUCAGCUUAGAGUGACAACCCGUACUGAAAAAAGUCAUAGUAGUGGUGGUUUUCGUCACGAUCAUCGAUCUAAAUAGAACUACUGAGGAUUAUUUUGAUUUUAUCUUCCUGUUUACUCUUUGGGUCAUUGACCAGAUAUGAACGUUUCAAAUUAUGUUUUGCACAGCUAUUCGUGCAGAAUAUAUAAAUAUAAAAAAACAUAUUCGCUAACUAUUAAUUUAAUUUCCAGGUCUAAUGUAGUGACUUUUUUUAUCCAGUGUCGGCGCCAUCGUGACACAUCAACAGUGUCUACACAGUGUCAAUACAGCUACUGAGUGUGCCACACACUCACUUACGCAUCACUACUGUUUGCUUUGUCAUUUUAAUUGUAGCCUAGGUCAGUGGAUCUCUCACCUUUUUUCACCAGAAAACACUUGGCUUUCCAAGUACCACCAUAAUGACAAACAUUAAAAUAGCGUAGUAGUCCUAAAUAUUCAUUAAAAACAAGGCAGAGGUAUUAAAUAUACUUGUUAAAUAUUUUUGGUUGUUAAUAUUUUUGGCCACUGUAAUAUUACACACAGUUUGAACAGUAACACUGUUUGAAUAUAUUUAAUUAAGUGAUUAUUUGGCGUACCACUAGCUAGAGCCCGCGUACCACUUGUGGUACACGUACCACAGUUUGAGAAUCUUAUCCUAGAUGUUUUUAAAAGUCAAAUUGUAUGUUAAAACCCAAAUCAUGCUAUUUACAAUAAUUAUACAAAAGAUCAUAAUGCUGUCAGGCAGGUGUUGAUGUAGGGUACAACAAACCCCAGCCGAGUCAUACCAAAGACUAUAAAAAUGGGACCCAAUACCUCUCUGCUUGGCACUCAGCAUCAAGGGUUGGAAUUGGGGGUUAAAUCACCAAAAAUGAUUCCCGGGCGCGGCUACCGCUGCUGCCCACUGCUCCCCUCACCUCCCAGGGGGUGAUCAAGGGUGAUGGGUCAAAUGCAGAGCAUAAUUUCGCCACACCUAGUGUGUGUGUGACAAUCAUUGGUACUUUAACUUUAACUCUACUGCAUCCUAUUGAAAACUGCUUCUAAUACACUUGAAUACCUCGGUUGUGUCUUGCAGUGCAAGUGAAUACAGUAAAAAGAGAGAAGUCAUUGAAAAAUAUGCGUAGGAGUUAAGUACAAUAUAAAGUACGCUGAUUCAUUCUGCAGCCAAGUUUUAAAGGAAAAUAAAUCCCCGAUGACAACGUUUAUAGAUAAUCAGCAGAGUUCUUUGACAUCAAUUUAGAAGAAAGCCAGUGCUUUGCUGCAUGUUUCUGCACAAUUUGGGGGCUGCAUGAGGAGUAAUGUAAACACUUGGAGUCCAAAAAACACAACACGGUAGUUUGUACAGAAUAUAAACAUACUUUAGAUGUAUUAUACUGACUUGAUUCAAUGCAUGUUCUCAUUUUUUUUAAAGUAUGGUGUCAUUUUUGAGAAAUGUUCCACACCAUAUUGCACAAUAAAAAAAAAAAGUGUGCUUUAUGCUUAAUCUCUCUGUGAGAGCUUAUGCCACUAAGCACAUUGAGUGAAUGUGAUGUGAAUGUCGCCUUUUAUUUCUCCUCAGACAAAAAGGCACAUAGAACAAGGCUUAAAUGAAUCAAAUUACUGUACAUUUCCUAAAGGUUCUAUUAAACACAGCUCAACUCUUUCUCCUGUGGAGUUGUUUACUAGCGCCAUCUGUGAUGAUGUCGGAAGUGGGAGCUCAAGUGUCUGACGUUGUUUUUCCAGCUGUCAUAAAACAUCUUUUUUGUAAGGAAAUUUGGAUUCCGUUGGACUUGUUUUGACUCCAAUAGGGACUCAGCAGUCGUCCACUCCUGUGCUGCUAUGAAGCCACGAUAAGAAGGAAUGUCCACUAAUAAGAAUGCCCACUAAUAAAGAAUGUCCACUAUUUCAAAUCUUCAAAGCUUUUGUCAACAGAUUUCCAUCUGCAUGUCUCACUUCCACAUGGUUCCCGUUUGCUAUUUUGGCGUCCUUUUCUUACAACAGAUGUUUCCAACAGUACUCUGUACACUGCAAAAAAGAGCUGACAUAAUAUAAGAUAAAAAGACUAGAUUUUAGGAAAAAUAUUACUAAAAGUUAGAAAAAUGAUCUGUCUAUGCAGCCAGUUAAUUUUACUUUAUAAAACAUCCUAAAUUAAGAUUUCUAUAUCUUGAAAUAAGUACUUUAUUCUGAAAACAAGCAUUAUUUAACAUGCAAUUCUUAAAUUAAGCAUCCUCUGGAUGUUGCUGAAUUUUUAAACAAGAUUUUCUAUGUGGAGUAAACUAACAUAUCUUAUUUGAAUAGUUAUUUUCUCAAUUUUAACGCAGAAUAGACCAAAUAUAAUUAUUCAUGCUAACAUUAAGAUGAUGCUGUAAAAUGACUAAAAAUAAGAAAAUUAGACCUUAGAACUAGGGAAAUUUAUAGAAAUAACAUUUUAAAUCUUGGCAAGUGGCAAAUAAUUUGCAGGGUAAAGUAAUGUGUUGGGCGAUCCCUCUUUUUAAGAAGUUAUUUUUAAGUCAAGACACAUUUUUUACUAGCUCCAUCAAAUAAAUUAAUUUUAUUAAAUCACAAUUAAUUGCCCAUUUUUCCACAUAGAAAGUGUGGAUAGAGGCAAUGUAAAACUAUUAUUUUUUUAAUCACUUAUUUCACAAAACCCAUGGAGAGCUGGCAUUCCAGGCUAAAGCUCCCAGACUCUGGAACAAUUUUCACCAGUCCCUCUGUGAUUUUGACUGCGUUGACACUUUUUAGAAACUUUUGAAAACUUCUCUUUUGAGUAAAGCUUUUAGUUAAUGCACUUUUUAACUAUCAAUUGUAAUCCACUUUGUAUUAUUUUAAUGAUGUUGUCCCUGUUUUAAUGUAAUUGUUGUUUUACUUCACCUAUGUUUCCAGCGACCCCAAAUGGGACAAGCGGUAGAAAAUGGAUGGAUGGAUGGAUGGAUGUUUUGUCCAACGCUUUGUGAUUUUAUCUGUGAAAAGCGCUUUAUAAAUACAAUUUACUUACUUACUUACUUACUUAUUUGCAUGUUUUUGUCGCCCUGGUCCAUGAUUACUUCAAAACUGAUACUGUGUAAAAAAAUAAAUAUAAAAGUUGUAAUUUACAGACUUUCCUGCUCUUGAGGAACACAUCAGUAGGAUAGGACGCAAAAUUAAAUAGUACAAGGCUUAACAUCUUUUUCUCUAGUUUUUGAUUUCCGGGCCUGCUUUUCUUUCUCCAUUUUCCACAGGUUCGGACUCAGUCUUCCUCCCCUUGAGGGGGCUCCUAAUUUUAAUGAUCGAAUAUGGCUUGAGUUUUUUUUUUUAAUCUUUCCAUCCAUACUUCCAUCUUCUUUAAAGUCAGAAUCAUUCAAAUGGUCACUGCAAAUUACACUUUUCUCACUUGGUGCGUCCAAUUUUGCACUAGUUUAAUUGGCUAAAGAGGACCAUACUUUCCUCAUGCUCCAAUAUUUUGGAAAUGUAUGCAGGCUGGCUCUUUCCUUAGUUGUAUUACUACAACCUGCAACAAUGCAUCUGGUAGACAUAUUUGUAAUUUCUUCAAAUUCUGUGUUUAAAUAAUUCGGGAUGAAGAUGCUACCACAACAUAUACUAUGCAAGCCUAAAAUUGCUAUUGUGUCUAUUUUGAGGGGAAUUUUACCUAUAGACAUAAUUUUAGAUUCAAGAUUCAUGAUUGUUUAUUGUCAUAUGCACAGUUAAACAGACGGUUUGCCGUACACUGAAAAUCUUACUUUGCUAGUCCACCCUUCAACAAGUCACACAAUACUUAGCUAAAAAUAAAAAAUAAAAAUAAAAAUGUAUAUACAAGGCACAGUAAGUAACAUAACAUUAUUGCACAUUCUGAUUGACAGUCAACAGUAUAAAUAUGGAGGUGACAUUUGGUCACAACAGCAGUAAAGUGUCUUUAGUGAUCAAAGGUGAAAAGUGUCUACAGUGAUGGUUCACAGUUCGGGGGUGGUCAUGGUAGCUGUCUUUUGUUCAAAAAGACAAAAGUAAAACGGGGGCUAGCAUUCACAAGUUAGCAUUCACAAGCCUGAUGGCCUGUGGGUAGAAACUGUUUGUCAGUCUCAUAGUCCUGGAUUUCAGGCUCCUGUAUCGUCUGCCUGAUGGGAGGAGGCUGAAGAGACUGUGCUGGGGGUGUGUACUGUCCUUUAUGAUGUUGUGUGCUCUCCUGGUGGCCCUGGUAGAGUACAUGUCCAUUAGUGAGGGGUCCACAACUAUGAAAUAAGUCCCAAUGUUGUCAGCAUUAGAGGGGCUCUUUAAUCAUGUUCACAAAAACCAAACAUUUAUCCACGUUGUUUGUUAUUAAUGUGAUAUUUUAAGCUGGAGAUGAGGAAGAAAACGUUUUCCUGCAGUGUGUGUAUAAUAUUUGUUUCCGGCAUGUUUCUUUUGUACUCAAAUUUCCCACGAAGAAGGCCAACGUGCUGUUUAAUGUCUUUCAUAUUGACUUGUUUGCUCCUGCAGUCUGUGACACUAAUUAGACAAACUGUCCAAAAUGUAUUACCCAGCAACAUUACAGGGACUUUGGAGGAGGCACUCUGUUAAUUGCAUGACAUUUUUUUAUCUGAUUAAUAAUUACCGGUACGCGUUCAUUUUGACAACCCUACUUUUCAUUAAAUUGUGUUUUUGGUUUGUCUUACAAGACAUUUUGCCUCUCAUCCGAGGAGGCUUCAUCAGUUCAUGCUCACAGACUGAGCGCUUGGUACCAGCUGUUAUCUACCUGCUGCAUCGUCCUCUCUCUCACCUGGAUGGUGGGAGGGGCACUAUGAGUAUCAUGUUCUAUGAUUUCUCCAGAGCAUAUUUACACCAUUCAGCCAAUUCUGAUGAGUGACAAGUUGCUCAGGAUGGGUGACAGUUCAUCCAUUGUCUCCUGGAUCACGGAUUACUUGUCUGACAGGCCCCAGUUUGUGCGACUGGGGCGC